AUACCAUGGAAUCAUAAGGCGUAGGCAGUCAUGUGCUAAAGCUGUUCUUGCCAAUAAACUCAUAAAACGUUGCAAGCUUUGAGCAUUCAUCAAAUAAAACAAUUCAAUUAAUAAGCCAAUUUAAGCCGAGAAUGCAAAACUUUCUGUAUUAGAAAAAUAGCUGCAGUUUCUUAAACUGGAUUAGUUGAAUUUUUUAGUAAUAGAGUUAUGUUAUAAGUUGUUUGUGUUGCAGCCAUAUAUGCAUGAAUUGCGCCAUCUCCAACAAUGGAAAUGGCAAGAGUGGAAGUGAAGCAAACAAAAAAGGACUUGGCCAUCAACUACAUUCGAGUGGUUCUCAGAAUUCUGAAGUCCUACAAUCCUCGGCCGGAACCUUGAAUUCGUUAAAGGAAAUAAAUGGAAGCAGUCCAAACAUUUCAUCAGAGGUGACAAGCAUGUACUCAUCAAGAGGAGGAAUUGAUGGAUUUGCCAUCAAUCAUAUUGGAACUCCUAUGCACUCCUUUGCAGAUAUGAUGGACACUGGACAUGGACAUGGCAUGAUCAUGCCCCCGAAGAAAUGGGUUUCGGCUGAGGCCGGAAACUGCUGCAACCUUAAUGUUUGAUCUGGCAAGGAUAUUAAGCGAGUUUUGGUGUAGCAUUGCACCAAAAUCCUCGUAUCCUUGUCAGGCCAGAUGGAAAAUGCUAUUUUCCUUUCUGGUGCUCAGGCAACUCAUCCUUGGCUCAG